AUGGGGAAGGAGCGGGUGUUGGUGUGGGUGUCCACAGGAAAGGAGUGGGUGUUGGUGUGGGUGUCCACAGACCAGUCUGCCACCUUCAGUAUCUUCUCCUGGACGCUGGCUGACUACGGGUGCCAAGGGAAGGGUCUGGCAUUGUCUCACUGUGUAGGCGCCAACUCGCUGGGCCCCGCUGGGCCUUGGAGGUCUGGGGGGCCCUGCAAGAUGAAGAGGGUCCGCACAGUCUUCAAACCAGAGCAGCUGGAGCGGCUGGAGCAAGAGUUCCUCAAGCAGCAGUACAUGGUGGGCACAGAGCGAGUAGACCUGGCUGCAACUCUGCAUCUCACAGAGACUCAGGUGAAAGUCUGGUUCCAGAACCGGAGGAUCAAAUGGAGGAAGCAGAGCAUGGAGCAGAAGGCGGCAAAGCUGUCGCAGUUCGGGGUGAUACAGCCUGCCACCGCGGACUCGACGGAUAUCAAGGACCACGAGGAGGACACCGUGGACGUUGAGCUUUGA